AUGUACAUUCGACUUUGCCAUUACCCAUUGUUACUAUCACCGACACAUCGGCAUUGCGACAUCGCACAGCGAAUAUUUUGGAUAUCUGGGAGCCGCUGCAAUAGCAGUAGCAGCAGCAGUAGCAGCAGGAAUCUAACAGGGGUUGCUAACAAAGGUUCCAACCCAGCUCAAGCGUUUGCAAGACGUCGACUAGAGCAGUCACGGCAAGCUAAAGGCUUAGCGGCUGAUGGGAAGCCCUUACCUGAUAGAAUAAGUUUUGAUAAGGACUAUCUAGGCCUACAAGCUGACCUUAUGUACAGUCUUAAUGAUUUGGGACCUUCUUCUUCCACUGCUAAUUCUGCUACACCAUCGGGUAUACGAGGAUCUAUAAAUGUCCUAUUGAAUCGUGCUGACACUGGUUAUGUUCGAAAGAUUGUUAAGUUCGCUAAUACUGUCACUGGAUCUACAAUACUCUCGACUACUGCUUGUUACUUUUUAGGAUAUAUGGAUGCUUAUGAUACCAUACCUUUCAUAACAGCCUUAACUACAAUGUGGGUCGGUUUACAUGUUUACCUUACAACUUAUGUAUCUCGAAUAGUGGUUGAUACUGGCAAGGCACAGAUGGCUAUUCGAGCUCAUAAUCUAUCAGGAAGGCCUAGCAGACCAAUAGUGUUCCCUGUACAUGGUAUGGAGAAAGUAGAAGUCGGUGAUAAGUACAUACGGUUCCGUACUAAGAAGCAAUUCUGGACUAUAUCAAGAAUAUUCCCUUUCCGAGUUCCCAGGAUGCAUACUAUAUCUGAUUCCGACCGAUAUGAUAACUUAUCCAAAGAUUUGGUAACUACAUCAGAUCUAGGACAGGAUUAUUUCCAACUCAAUAGUACAGCAGUAUCAACAGAGGUCGUUAACCCAGGUUUACCAGCAUCAUCAUCACCUGAUGGUAUGAUGAUGAGGAUUGAUGGCAAGAGAGCCAAGUUCAUAGGAGCUGGUGUUGGGGUAUCAACAACAACAACACAUGGCAAUAGUCAAGGAUCACACUUCAUGGGGAAUACUAAGCAGAGAGGAGAUGCAGAGAGGAAUACGGUGAUAGCGAAGGCUCUAUCACCAAUAACGAAUUGGUGGGAUAAUAUAUGGAAAGAGGAUGAGAAGGAGAGGGUUGCAUCAGUGAGAGGGAAGUUUAGGAUAGAAAAGUAUAAGUAUCAGAUGCCAGACUCAGCAGAUGGAGUUUGGAAAACUGGUGGCAUUCCAGAACAACUCGAGGAGGAAUUCAGAAGAUUUGAUACCAAUAAUGAUGGAGGUAUCGAUCCACAAGAAGUGAGGGCUAUAUAUAAAGGCUAUAUGGACCAGGCGGAUUUGUUCAAGUUUUAUAGUGAAGCCGAUAAGAACGAGGACGGCUUGAUUGAUAUGAAUGAAUAUAAGGCGUAUGCUCGAAUGAACUAA